AUGACUAUGGAGAUCAACAAGGACGAAGCAUUGCGUUGUUUAUCGAUUGCAAAGAAUCACUACGGUUCUGGAAACUAUGCAGCAGCUACUCGAUUUGCUCGGAAAUCCAUAAAAUUGUACCCAACGGACGAAGCAAAGUCAUUCCUUGAAAAGGCUGAGCGCUCGGCUGCAGACGAACCUGUUGGCACAUCUACAGCUACGUCGUCGUCAUCGUCAUCGCCCAUGAAUGGGUCAACAACAAAGACAGCGUCAUCGAGCUCAACACCGUCAUCCGAUAAAAAGCAUACCAAGGAACAAGCCGAGGCAGUCAAGAGGAUUCUAUCAUGUGGCACUGAUUAUUACAAAGUCUUGUCAUUGGAGAAGGAUUGUACCGAGGUCCAGAUCAAAAAGUCAUAUCGAAAGCUCGCUUUGCAAUUCCAUCCUGAUAAGAACAGUGCACCAGGAGCUGAUGAGGCUUUCAAAUUGAUUUCCAAGGCUUUUACAGUACUUUCAGAUCCCCAGAAACGUGCUGUUCAUGAUGCUGGUGGUGGUGAUCCGGAGCAACGUGGUAUGGGAGGUGGCGGUGGCAUGCAUCCUGGUUUCCAUGGAUUCCGUACACAUCAAUUUGGUGGUGGCAUGGGAGAAGAGAUAUCGCCUGAAGAGCUAUUCAACAUGUUCUUUGGUGGAGGUGGACCUGCAGGUUUUGGAGGACCCUUUGGCAGUGCAACCUUUGUCGGACCUGGAUUUGCUCGGCGUAGUUAUUAUCAUCCCGGUGCCGGCCACCGAGGACAGCAAACACGACAACAACGUAAUACAAGUUGGACCUUAUUGUUACAAAUCCUCCCGCUCUUGGUUCUUUUUGGUUACUCGUUGCUUUCAGGAUUGUUUACGGAUGACACGCCUUCAUUUUCAUUCCAACCUACCAACAUGUAUUCUCAACAACGGACGACUUACAGCCAUCAAGUACCCUACUAUGUCAACCCAUCUUCGUUCCGUACAACCGCCAGAGAUCAAUACAAGUUAGCAAGACUCGAGCAACAAGUCGAGGUGGAUUGGGUACGUGGAUUACAGCAUUCCUGUCAAAUUGAACGACGAGAAAGAGCAGCUCGUCUCAACGCUGCAAGUGGGAUUUUUGGGAUUGGCCGAAAUGAGGAACAAUAUCAAGAAGCACUUCGCAUGCCCAUGAAGAGUUGUGAGGAAGUCAGGCGAUUCGGCUACAACCCAUACAGAUAA